AUGCAGGAUAAGGCAUGGCAGGAGAUGGCGGGGAAUGAAAUGGGAGCCUGGUUUUCCCAGGAGCCAGGCGUGGGCACGCUGGAGGAGAGCCAGGGGGCCGCAGCUGUGGCACACGGCGACCUGCCGGGAUUCGGGCUCCUCGCACGGAGCCAGCUGUCACGUGUGCCCAUCACCUGCGGUGUCACCCGCCGGCGCUGCAGGCUGGAUGCGGACGGGAGGCAUCCAGGGCUCAUCACACCUUCCCGGCCAUCCGUCCCGUCCCCAUCCCCUGCCCCGGGGCUGUACAGGACAGCCCGUGCUCCGUGCCACCCCCUGUCCCUGCGCCCGCUCGCCCAGGCCACCUUGCCCACGCCGUCCAGGCUGGGGCUGCUCCUGGAGGAGCCGGAUCCCGUGCGGUCCCUGAUGGAUGCGCAGAACUUGCGGAUCGAGGAGCUCUUGCAGAAGAUCAAGCAGCAGCAGUACAAGCUGGACAAGCAGAAUCUGCAGAUUAAAAGCCUGCAGAGCAAGGUCAAUCUACUGAUCCCCUUACACCUGAAGGACAACAAAACGCAGUCUCCAAAGUGGAAGAUGAACCUGAAGAAGAGCCUCAGCCUCACCAACCAGAGCCAGAACACUAGCGGGGAGCCCGUGCUGACGCAGAAGCUCCCGGAGGAUUGCCACCAGCUCUUCCUGGCUGGGCAGCAAAGCAGCGGCGUUUUCCAGGUGCAGCCUGCAGGGUCUCAGCCCUUCAAAGUCUACUGUGACAUGACCGCAGAAGGUGGCUGGACAGUGAUCCAGAGGCGCACAGAUGGCUCUGUGGACUUUGACCAGCUCUGGGAUGCCUACAAGAAUGGCUUUGGAGACCUUCGUGGUGACUUCUGGCUGGGCCUGGAGAAGAUGCAUCACCUUGUCCAAGAGGGAAGAUAUGAUCUCCUGAUUGAGCUGGAAGACUGGGAGGGAAAUUCCCAGGUGGUUCAGUUUGUCUUCAGCCUUGGUGGUGAGAGCACAGCCUACACACUCAACCUGCUGGGACCUCUGUCUGGAGAGCUGGAAAACGCCAUUGGGGACUUCAGGCAGCUGCCCUUCUCCACUCGGGAUCGCGACCACGACCUCAAAGCUGACACAAACUGUGCUAAACAUCUCUCAGGUGGCUGGUGGUUCAGCACCUGUGGCCAUGCCAACCUCAACGGGAAGUACUUCCGCUCCAUCCCCCGCCAGAGGCACGAGCGCAAGCAGGGCAUCUUCUGGAAGACAUGGAAAGGCAGGUACUACCCGCUGAAGUCAACCACCAUGAAAAUUCAACCCGCAGCACUGGAAGCAGAGCCCUAAAGCUGCCACUUGAGACUUGACCUCUGCGGAGCACAGACCUGAGCUCCAUCACUUGGUGUUUACAGAAAACAAACCCACCCUCCCUGGGAAGUCCCCCAAGGAACACUUCUCUUGGUUAGCAGCCCUUUAGUGGCACGGCACAGCCCCUCGCUAGGAGUAAAACAGCU